UUGCAGCUCAACUCUCAUUCGCCACACAAACUUCGUGGGGAUCAGUCAAGCUAAUUUUAUAAUAAUGAAGAUUUUGAUCGCUUUGGCCGGCGUCCUCGCCGUGGCCGUGGCUACUCCAGCCUCGGUUCCGAGAAAGGUGCUCUGCUACUAUGACAGCAAGAGUUACGUCAGAGAAUCUCAAGCUCGCAUGCUGCCGAUGGACUUGGACCCUGCGCUGUCGUUCUGCACCCAUCUCUUGUACGGAUAUGCUGGCAUCCAGCCCGAUACGUACAAGAUGGUGCCUCUCAACGAGAACCUGGAUGUAGACCGCGCCCACGCAAACUACCGCGCCAUCACCAACUUCAAGACCAAGUAUCCUGGACUCAAAGUUCUUCUGUCUGUCGGAGGUGACGCCGACACCGAAGAGGCGCAGAAGUAUAACCUUCUUUUGGAAUCGCCGCAAGCUCGUACCGCUUUCGUGAACUCUGGCGUCCUCCUCGCCGAACAACAUGGAUUUGACGGCAUCGACCUCGCUUGGCAGUUCCCAAGGAUUAAGCCCAAGAAGGUCCGCUCCACUUGGGGAUCUAUCUGGCACGGUAUCAAGAAGACCUUCGGCACAACGCCCGUUGAUGACAAGGAGGCCGAGCACCGUGAAGGAUUUACCGCUCUCGUCCGCGAAUUGAAACAAGCGCUCAAUGUUAAGCCCAACAUGCAGUUAGCUGUUACUGUUCUACCAAACGUGAAUGCUUCUAUCUACUACGACGUGCCGGCCAUUAUCAACCUUGUUGAUAUUGUAAACAUCGAGGCUUACGACUACUUCACUCCUGAACGUAACCCCAAAGAGGCGGACUACGUGUCACCCAUCUACACUCCGCAGAAUCGCAACCCGCUGCAGAAUGUUGAUGCCGCUAUCAACUACUGGUUGCAGAGCAAUGCCCCAAGCAACAAACUCGUCCUUGGCAUUGCAUCUUACAGUCGCACAUGGAAGCUAGAUUCUGAGAGUGAAAUCUCAGGAGUUCCCCCAUUGCACACCGAUGGCGCUGGCGAAGCUGGUCCUUACACAAAGAUCGAAGGUCUCCUGAGCUACCCUGAAGUCUGCGCGAAGCUUAUCAACCCCAACCACCAGAAGGGAAUGCGUCCCCAUCUUAGGAAGGUCACCGACCCCAGCAAACGAUUUGAAAAGGGCUUAACGAAGGAGGAUGAUCUUACGCCUGUUUUUGGCACAUACGCCUUCAGACUCCCCGACGACAGCGGCGAAGGCGGUAUGUGGGUGUCUUACGAAGACCCCGACACCGCGGGACAGAAAGCAUCAUACGUCACAUCAAAGAACCUCGGCGGUAUUUCAAUCAAUGACCUCUCCAUGGACGAUUUCCGUGGUCUCUGCACCGGUGACAAGUACCCCAUCCUGAGGGCUGCCAAAUACCGUCUCUAAAUACUAUUAUUUAUAGAUAUAGUUAUCACUUAUCUCGUAGAUUGUAUAAUUACUCCUAUGUCCAAUGGGAACCAUUAGUAAGGUUACUUGUUUACAAUUUUGAAUUAUAAAGAAGUUAUUUAAACGAUUAAUUCUGAUGCAAUAGAACAUUAAACAAUUUAUACUAAAAUA